CUGGGCAAGUUUGUUUCCCGAGUUCGGAGACCAGGAGCCCCCGCGGUUGUGGCGCAGGUGCUGUCCGGUUGGGUCGCGAUGGAGCUGCCAGCCGUGAACCUGAAGGUGAUCCUCCUGGUUCACUGGCUGCUGACGACCUGGGGCUGCAUCGUGUUCCAGGGCCCCUAUGCCUGGACCAACUUCCCCAUCCUGGCCUUGGGCGUGUGGGCCGUGGCACAGCGGGACUCUGUUGACGCCAUAAGUAUGUUUCUGGGUGGCUUGGUGGCUACCAUCUUCCUGGACGUGAUCUACAUUGGCAUCUUCUACCCGAGGUCCAACUUCUCGGACACAGUGCGCUUCAGCGCAGGCAUGGCCAUCCUCAGCCUGAUCCUCAAGCCGAUCUCCUGCUUCUUCGUCUACCACAUGUACCGGGAGCGUGGCGGUGAGCUCCUGGUCCACGUUGGUUCCCUUGGGCCCUCAGAGGAGCGCAGUUCCUACCAGCCAAUCGACUCCUCAGAGGUGCCUGCCGACCCUGAGAGCAAGGCUCACAUGACCCGAGGAUACUGAAGCCCAGCCCAGGGACCAGUCUGACAAACUGUGGAGCCGGCAGAGAGGAGGCCUCAUCACCUUCUCUGUGCCUUGGACAUCAUCCUAGGGGGUGCUCCUGACUGCCCCCUGCUUUCUGAGAACUAACUUGUGUCCUCCAGUUCCCCAUCUUCAGGGAUUGCCUGAGUCAAGUGCCCUAAGAGGCCCAGAGUCCCUAUGCACAACUGUCCCCAAUUCUUCGAGCCCUCUCCUCCCUUCCGGGUAGCCCACUGGUCCCAGGCUGGGAACUCUUGUUGCUUUUGUCCCCUCCACCCUUAGCUGCUCCGUGCAGGCCCCAGGCCGAGCCAUGCUCGAGCCUGGCAGGAUCAGGCCUCUAGGGGCCAGUGGUGCCCCCCACCUCCGCCUCUCCUGAGGUUGGCCAUGCCCUCCCGCAGGAGCUCUGAGCCUUCGGUCCUGCUCACUGCCAGGAGCACAGGGGGUGAGGACCCCUGGCUUCUCACUACCUGGUCAGUUGGUGCCUGGGGACCCCAGGGCUGGAGGCAAGAGGGGUCUGCCACCCCUCAGACCCCCAUCAACCUCCAGCUGCAGGCCACAGCAUUAAAGUUCAGGGAAUUCUGCAGCCAAGUGUGUUUUGAGCCGUGUUUCCUCUCCUGUCAGAGCUGGGGCCUGAACUUGCCAUUCCCAGGAAGAUUUCUCCUGUGAAUCUCCAGGGUGCCAGGGCUUAGGUGCUUGUUUUCUUGUGACAGGAGGAAAUGGGGGCUCGUGACCAGCUGGGCCUGCCGGGUGCUCAGCUCUGGCCUAGCGGAGGCCCCAGGAGAGGAGGGCACUGUCCAAUGUGUCAAAUAGGCAUCCAUGUCUGAAUUAAGUGACAGGUAUUGGUUUGAAUCCUGCUCUGCCACUGACUGUGUGCCCUUGGGCAUCUCAACUUUUGGACCCUGUAUCUGCUGGAAGAGGGCUAAUAACCUGCCCAGAGAGAGACGACGCAGGUGAAAUGUACAGUGCCUGACCUUCAGGAGGGCUUCCUAAAUGACAGCAAAGUUUUUGGUGGGGCUGCUCCCUAAGCCCAUGCUGAUGUUGGUCAAUAGUCCAGGGGUGGCCUCCCCCUGGCAGACCUGGUAUCUUGGACUCAGAGCAAACUGGGACAACUGUCCAGAAGCUCCAGGGGUUUCGUGGCCAGGACUCUACCCCACCCCUACUGGGAUGGGUAUUGACCACUGGGCCCCAGGCAUCUGGACUUUGUCAGGCCAUCCUGGCUUGCUUGUCCCUGGCAGAGAGAGGUUAAGGCUGGGUGCACAGCCCCCACUGCCCCAUUCGUCCGUAUCCAUCCAUCCAAAGAGGCUGAGUGCCUGCCAGUGCUGGGCAUGGGCCUGGGGCUACAGGGGUGAACUCAGGUCCUGCCCUCAGGGUAACAGACACUGGGAGUCCUCUGUCAGGAGGCCCAAGCCCUGAAAAAAGGAACAUGGGCCUCUGAGGAAGGGACCCAGGAAUGCUCUUGGGCCCAGGAAUGCAGAGCAGCUGCAGAAAACCGGAAAUAGUCUCAUAGUCAGACGAAGGCAGACAAAUAAGCCAUGGUUCAUUCAUUCUAAGGAAUACUGUUCAGCAGUUCAGAUGAAUAAACCAGACCUAUUUCUAUCAAUGGUGGUCCCCCCAAACAUCAGUUGCAGAGUGGCACAUGCAAUAUGAGAGCGUUAGUGUGAAUUUUAAAAGCUCAUAGAAAUACUUUGUAUUGUUCAUGGGUGUGUAUGUGGUAAGACAUUAAAGUGCUGAC